AGAGGAAAAAAGAGUUACUUGGGAAGGAGGCUAUUAACGUAGUUUCUAACGUUUUCUGAGCUUAAAAAUGUCAUGUGAAGCCGUAUUUAUCGUGAUGAUACUAGCCAUGUCUUGUGUUGCCGAUGCAAAGGAAGGGACAGAGGGGACAGAUGAUCAACAAAACGAUUUGGAGAAACGAAAUAAUUUGAACAAUAUCAUCCAAGACUUGAAGGUCAUCAAAGAUGUUGUGAAAGCUUUAAAACAAAGAAUAAAAGUGUUGGAAUUACGUCCAGGAAAGGAUGGUCGUGAUGGUAUUCCAGGAAAAGAUGGUCMUCCUGGAUUAAGAGGGAGAGAUGGACGAGAUGGUCGUGUUGGUGACCCAGGACCACAAGGAAGUCCUGGUUCACAAGGUCCACGUGGUGAUCAGGGACCAAGGGGCCAUCCUGGUCCUAAAAGUGGUGGUGUUCAGUACAUACGCUGGGGAAGGACCUCGUGUCCUUCUGAUGCUAACCUUGUAUACAAAGGUCGUGUAGGAGGAGAAUGGUACAACCACCAAGGCGGAGGCUCCAACUAUGUAUGUCUGACUGAGUCCCCAAAGUACAGGAGUUACACAAAUGUCCUCGAAAAAUAUUCAGCAUACAUGUAUGGAGCAGAAUAUCAUGUUAAUUCAAACACUCCAAAUCCAUUCAACAUUCAUAACCUUGACGACCGCGAUGUCCCUUGUGCUGURUGCUUUGUUCCAAAUCGUAACACUGAACUGAUGAUCCCGGCAACAUACGAGUGUCCCGCGGGAUGGUCCAGGGAGUACUGGGGAUACCUAAUGGCAGGGCAUCGUGAUCACAAAAACCAGAAAGGAUUCAUUUGCGUUGAUCGUAAUCCAGAGGCCGUCAAAGGAAGCAUUCAUGAUCAUAACGACGCGUUGUUGUACGGUGUCCAAGGAAGGUGUGGCUCUCUGCCUUGUCUUCCUUACGUAGAAGGCCGAGAACUGACAUGCGCUGUGUGUACCAAGUAGUGACAUGCUCAGUUCAUAUGUCAAAAUGGUACAUUGAUAUAAGCAAUCAGUUAAAAUUAUCAAUAUAAAAGUAAUGAAAAAAUAUGUAGGAACGUAAAAGAUAAUUAAAGAACCUGCUCAUCAAAGGUA